AUGACCGAAAGAAAGCUAUUGCAGCUGCUACGGCGUCCUUUCAUCUCCCUUUCUUUAUUCACGGCCUUAAGAGCUUGUCCGCUUCGCCCCAAAAGCCUAAUUGCUUAG